AUGCGUACAUCCAUGCGUUUUUUAUGCAUUCAAGAGGCGAUGAAGUACGAACGGAUCAAAUUCCUGGUUGUCGCUCUGAAGGAGAGUAUUGAGAUAUACGCUUGGGCACCAAAACCUUACCACAAAUUUAUGGCAUUUAAGUCUUUCAGUAACCUGGUAAACAGGCCAGUCCUGGUUGACCUGACGAUCGAGGAAGGUCAAAAGUUAAAGGUCAUCUACGGUUCGACCUUCGGAUUCCACGCCAUCGACCUUGACACGUCGCAAGUUUUUGACGUCUACAUACCGUCUCAUACUCAGGGCCCCAUCGACCCGACGGCCAUCGUCAUACUUCCCAACACUGGGGGGAUGCAAUUGUUGCUCUGCUACGACAAUGAAGGAGUGUACGUAGAUACGAGUGGGAGAGUGACCAAGAAUGUGGUAUUGCAGUGGGGAGAGUCUCCAACAUCUGUUGCCUUCAUAUCAACUGGACAAAUUAUGGGUUGGGGUCACAAGGCCAUUGAGAUAAGGGCUUCUGAAACUGGCCACCUGGAUGGCGUGUUUAUGCAUCGCAAGGCCCAGAAGCUCAAAUUCUUGUGUGAAAGAAAUGACAAGGUCUUCUUCUCUUCAAUGCGAACAGCCGGAUCGGCUUGUCAGAUAUAUUUCAUGACUCUAAACAAGCCAGGACUGAACAACUGGUGAUGAUGAUGAUGAUGAUCCAGGCGAUGAUGAUGAUGAUCCAGGCGAUGAUGAUGAUGAUGAUGACCCAGACGACGAUGAUGAUGAUGAUGAUGAUCUAAGCGAUGAUAAUGAUGAUGACGAUGAUGAUGACGAUGAUGGAAAUAAAAAGUGAUUUUUGUUGAUUUUUUUGGUGCAACUAUUACUACUACAUGCAUUGUUGAAGAUAUAAUUGAAUAGACUGUGUUUUAUUUUCUUUCAUUUAUUCAUUCAUUCAAUU